CAUAACCUGUGGUUGUUACUCACAGAAGUGAAAGAAGGAAAUAACUGUUUGAUAAUUUGUGUUGUUCAAAAAAAGAAACAAAAUUGGAAAUAUAUCUGUACCGUUUUUAACCAAAGAGGACACAAUGGAUGAUAUGAUAUUUCAGUUAAGGUUCACGAUGAAGCAGCUGGAGCGGAUGGCAGCGAAGGCAGAGAAAGAGCAAAAGGCUCAGCUCAACAAAGUGAAAAAGGCCAUCGCUCAGAAGAAUAUAGAAGGAGCUCAGAUCUAUGCAGAGAAUGCGAUCAGGAAGAAGAACGAAGGUUUGAAUUAUCUCAGAUUCGCUGCCAGAGUGGACGCUGUCCAGUCCAAAGUGCAGACCGCGAUGACCAUGAAAGGGGUGACAAAGAAUAUUGCUGGUGUCACAAAGGCUUUGGACAAGGCCAUGGCAUCCAUGGAUCUACAAAAGGUUGACCAGAUUAUGGAAAAGUUUGAAAGACAGUUUGAAGAUCUUGAUGUUAGAACAUCUACUCUAGAGAGUGCGAUGGGCACCGCGACGACACUGUCGACGCCCCAGGACCAGGUGGAGUCGCUGAUUCAGCAGGUGGCUGAGGAGAAUGGCCUCGAGGUCAUGGACCAGCUCAAAGAGUUGAACCCUGCGACCACCUCCAUCCGGCAGUCCACGACACCAGAACACGCCAAGGAAGACGACCUCACGAGAAGAUUGCAAGCGUUACGGAACUGAACAUGAAUGUGCAUAUCUUUUAAUUAUUCUACAACUCAGCAGUGUGUACAGAUGACAGUGUGUACAGACUUCUCACAUACGACAAGCGAUAUUCCUGUCAGUGCUCCUAUGUAAAAGGAGAAAUUUUCAAGCUGACUAGUUUGUUGGCUACCAUUGGUGGAAAUAUUUUUAUGUGGCAGUUUUUCAGACAUGUCUGUUUUCAAUUAUUUUUGCUUUAUAGUAUGGGGAAAAGAAACGUACCAAAAUUUAUAAAUUAAUUAACCGUUAUUCUGUAUAAUCCUGGCUUACACACCUUUACAGUCAUUAUGUUGAUGCAUAAUAUUUUUGAACUGUCAAUAUAAAACUAUUUCAUUAGGUAUGUUAUAGUUGCUAUGGGAACAGAAUUGUGCAACAUUCAACAAAAUAAAAAUAAAAUUCACAAUAUUCUGUAUUCAAAACAUUCUCCAAAACUUAAACAAAACAUUUGUUUGCCUUUUGUUUAAUUUUUGAAACCGUAGACCUUUUUUAUUCAGCUGUAAAACAUUUCUUGGGUAUAAAAAUAUAUACACCUUCUUUACUCAAAUGAAGAUUAAUAUUCUGUAUUAGAUAAAACAAAAAUAGUCUCAAAUACCUAAACUGGUAAGUAAAAUAAAUUUAUUGUUUUAUGACUAAUUUGGACGACAAACUAUUAUGUAUUUGUGUUUAGAGUAAAAUAAGUCCUGAAAUUUUUCCACAGUGAAAGGUAAAUUACUAAAUUCAAAAGAAACAUGAAAUUAUUUGAUCUGUUGAAACUUCAUACAGACCAAAGUUUUGCCACAUUUAUUUUUAAAACAUUACUUUGAUUUGUGUGAUUUUGUAUUUAUUACGAGACCAGAACACUAAUGUAUAUUUGUGAAUAACUCUCAUUACAACAUUCGUCAUCAUUUUGUUAAAUAUAUUUAUAACAUAUUAAAGCAGUCAUCAUUCAGUGCAACAUUUUUAUAAAAUGUGAAUUAAACGAUUGAUCCAAAAUGCAUUCAGUAGUCUAGUGGUGAGGACAUGAAACUAUGAAGCUGAGGAAGUUGGUGGUUGAAAUCGUCCAUAGGUUGGCUUAUGUUUGAAGUAAACUUUCCCCAUCUUUCACAGUCUGCAUAUUAUUUAAUAUUUUAAAAAUUAAUCAAAGGCCAUGAUAUGUGCUAUCCUGUCUGUGGGAUGGUGCAUAUAAAAGAUCCCUUGCUACUAAUACAUUUUUUUUUAAAGGUUUCCUCUCUAGGACUUGUAUGUCAGAAUUACCAAAUGUUUGACAUCCAAUAGUCAAUAAUCAUUGUGCUCUAGUGGUGUUGUUAAACAAAACACACUUUAACUUUUACCUUCCAAUCUGACCACUCUGCCACCUACCUGUCUCGACUUCCGCAGUCCAUUUCCCAGCACCCACCUGGUUUCAUUGUCUUCUGGUGGUAAAACCACAAACAGGUUUGGGUACCUGUACUUGAUGGUUACAAGUGCAUCUUCAUUUAGCAAUGACUGAAAUUACCAUCGAGCCCUCUUGGAAGUGGUGGAACUAAACCCAGAUGACAGAUGUGUUACUUUGAUAGCCAUACAAGAAACCAGCAUCUGGUGUGUUUGUAAAGACAAGAACUGGGAUGUGGAGGUAGAUGGAAGAUAAAAUACUGUUAACAGGAAAGAAAAAAAAGAGGAUGGGUCUAAAAAGAGACCAGGAGAAUGGGGAGAGAGAACUAAAGAAAAUGGGUUCAUCUUUGCCUACUGGGACAAGAAUGUUCGCCGUAAAUAGAACUGCAAUUCCUUUCUAGCCAGUAAUCAAAUUGACUAAUUUAAAAAUAGAUUUACUUUCAGUGUGAGCAUUGAAUUUGAAAUAUUCUAUUUUGGUUGUAAUGACAUAAGAUUGAUUUAAUCCAGUAGCCUAUGUCAUUGUUUAGAUAUGGUCACACUUUUAUGCCAUUACUAUGGGCAAAUUCACUGCAGCAAAUGUAUUAAAUUAGAAUGUGCGUAUAAUGUGUGUAUAUAAAUCGUGUAGUAUUUUUUCCCCCUCGGUGAUCAUGAAGAUGUUCAGAUACUAGGUACAAAGAAGAAUGAAUUUUUAUGAUACCUGAUACAAAGGAUUGAUAGUUAAUAGCAGCCAAACACACAUCUUACACAAACAAAAAUGAAUUAAUGAAUGUUUUACAAUACCCCAGAACAGUGCCGGCUUUAUAAGCGGGCAAAGGGGACAAUUGCCCAGGGCCCCACCAGAAUAAAGACUUCCUUUAUAAGAAAAUGUAAUAAUUAUAAAAUUAGUUCAUUUUUUUUAUUUGUCGUGUAAUUUAAUUUCUAUGUUGAGGGGCCCCUCGAACCUGUCAAUCUGACCAAAUAGAAUGUUGUUUAGUGUAACCGAGUAAUGACAGUGCCAAGUCAAAUAGCGUGGAUUAAUAUACGUUCAUUACAGCAUUAUUAUAAUGAUUAUACGGUUAAAAACUGCUUCAACACGUUAGCACAUCUAAUAGAUUUGACCUGCUUGACAUACAAUGUAUAUACAUGUACUAACAUGCUUAUUUUGAAGCAUAUCGUUUUAAAACGUUAUUGUUUACUUUUUCCAUGUGUGACAUGGACAUUUUCAUUUCAAUUUUUUGUGUGUGCUUAUAUCCAAUUAAAGUCACAGACCCUAGUUUCUUUCCGAAAAAUGGACACGAAGUUUAGUUAAUUUACAAACUUGUAACACAUUUGUAUAAAGU